AUGAAGUUUAUUCCUUCUCUAUUAUUGCUCAACAAAAACAAAGAAACAUGGCGAUGGCCUUCUUGUAAGAACCCCAAAACCAUGUCUUUUCGGAUAAAUUCUGGUGAUAUGAUGUUUAAAACCGUCAAUUCUGUCUUUUUCGACCCCAAAUAUACACAUCCGGCUGAAGCAGAAGCAGAAAUGACCACCCCAGAUUCGUUCUUCACGAACUCGUCAGAAUCUGCUAGUAUAUCAUCGGAGUCCGAGGAGUACUUAAACACUAAUGAGUACACCUCGGUUGAGAACAUUGUUCGUGGCGCCAGGUCAGAAAGAUUGUUUUUUGAACCUGGCCCAACUACUAGUUCGAUUCUUGAAGGUAACAAACAAUGUGUGGAUAUACUGAUUGAGAGUAGUGGUGGUCGUCGUGAUGACUGUGGUGGCAAUGGUGAUAUACCAUAUAAAGAAAGUGUGGCUGUGGCGAUUGAAUCUGAGGAUCCACAUGGGGAUUUCAAGAAAUCUAUGCAGGAGAUGGUGGAGAACCAUGGAUUGAAAGAUUGGGAGUGUUUGGAGGAGUUGUUAGGGUGGUAUUUGAGGAUGAAUGGGAAGAACCACCAUGAGUUGAUUGUUGGGGCCUUUGUUGAUUUGCUUGCCGGAAUUUCUGGUGGCGAUGGCAGCAGUGGCGGCAAUGGUGGAACUGGUGGUGGUGGAGCUUCUUCUUCCGAUCAUUCUGUAGAUUCUUUUGCUUCUGUGGCUUCUACUUUCACUUCACCCAUCACUUCUCCUCCUUUGUCCAAACGUGGUGGUGAGAAGGAGAUUAUUGAGGAAGGCAAAAUAGUCAUUAAUUAA